AAAUCUGAUAUCAAGGAAUCUUUCUUAAAAAGAUGGACAAGAAGAUAAUAUUACUGUCUUUCUUGUGCAUUAAUCUUCAGCUAGCAAUUGUAUCAGCUCAACUUCAAGUUGGUUUUUAUAAUACUAAAGCUAGAUGUCCACGAGCAGAAACCAUAGUUCGAGAUACGGUGCGAAGCCGCUUCUUUGCGGAUCGUUCCAUCACGGCGGCAUUGUUGCGGAUGUAUUUUCAUGACUGCUUCGUCAGGGGUUGCGAUGCUUCAAUAUUGAUAGACUCCAAAAACACAAAGAACAAAAAGUCAGAAAAAAAUGCAGGAGCAAAUGGGUCAGUACGAGGAUACGAGCUGAUUGAUCAGAUAAAGAGUAAAUUAGAGGCUACAUGUGCUAUGACAGUAUCUUGUGCAGACAUCAUUGCAUUAGCCACCCGAGAUGCAGUUGCAUUAGCCGGAGGACCGAGCUACAGCAUUCCCACCGGUAGGCGCGAUGGGCUAGUGUCAGACCCAUCACAGGUGAACUUGCCGGGCCCUAGUGUAACGGUGCCACAAGCAUUUCAAUUUUUCAAAAACAAAGGGUUUACUAUAAAAGACAUGGUGACUCUCUUAGGUGGCCACACCGUGGGAAUUACACAUUGUAGUUUGUUUAAAGGCGAUAGGCUAUCAAGGGCAGAUGGGAGCAUGGAUACUAACUUGUUUAACCGUCUUAGAAAGACAUGUUCUUCUAGAGGUGACCCAUCUGUUUUCUUGGACCAAAACACUUCAUUUGUUGUCGAUAAUUCCUUUUACAAACAGCUAAGGUUGAAGAAAGGGAUAUUGAAGGUCGAUCAGUUACUUGCAUCUGACAAAUCAACUGCUGGGAUUGUGUCGAAUUUUGCCGCUAAUCCAAGAGCCUUCCAACAAGCUUUUGCAAAUGCAUUGAUCAAGUUAGGUAACACUCAAGUUCUAACAGGGAAAUCAGGAGAAAUCAGAAGAAAUUGUAGAGCCUUUAAUCCUCCUCCUCCCCCCAAGAUCGUAAAGAGUCCUCCUCCCCCACCACCCAAACUUUCCGUUCAUCCUCCUCCCCCACCACCUAAGGUUUCAUUUCCUCCACCAUCACCACUACUUAAAGUAUUGACUCCUCCUCCUCCCCCACCACCUAAGGUUUCAUUUCCUCCACCAUCACCACUACUUAAAGUAUUGACUCCUCCUCCUCCCCCUCCACCUAAGGUUUCAAUUCCUCCACCAUCACCACCACCUAAAGUCUUGACUCCUCCUCCUCCUUCUUCUUCUUCUCCUCCUCCUCCUCCUCCUCCUCCUUCUUCUCCUCCUCCUUCAGCUGUUAAUAGUUCGCCGCUACUUGUGACUGCUCCAGCAGCUUAACAUGGCUCUCUUUCCACCCAAGUUUUAUUCUCUUCACACUGUUGUCAACCUUCAGUGUAUUUCCUCAAAUUUGUGCAUGUACGUCCCUUCCUUGAUUUAAUUGUUGUUGAAUUUAUUUUUAAUAUUGUUUAUUUGUAAUUCCUCUUAUUAGAGGAAAAAAAGAAAUCAAAUGCUUUCGUUUUGUUAUUGCGGA